GGCACCUCAUGGUGCAUCCACCUACCCGAACACACACACACACACGUACGUUGGACAGAGGCGUAAAAAGAGGCCUGCGCGCACUCCCGUUCUUCGUUCUUCCGUUCUGUAUUGCAAGCACCGGCACCGCCGUUGCGCAUUGUUGUUGCCGACUUGCUGCGUGCCAAUCUGGUUCUUUGCGCGGCCCUUUAAUGAAAGAAAGGGAACGACGAGUUGGUGACCUUGGGGUUUUCUUCUCCAUUCUUUUCCAUUUAUUUUAAAAUUUCUCGUUCUCUGUUACGGGAGGUGCUUUGUGGAUAUGUCGGACUGUGGCGCCGAAAGCGGAGACAGCUACCGUGACCACAUACGACGCAUCCAGGCCGCUCUGCGGAACUCAUCGUGGCAGGCCGAACAACCUUGCCGUGCUUCACCACCCAGUGUUCCUUCAUUGCAGUCUGAACAGCGAGGCGAAGGAGAGGUGCGUAUCGAUGCGCCGCCGCCGUCUGCUUCUGCUGCCUCUCCCGGUCGAUACCUCCUUGGUGAGCGAAACGUGAAUGAGCAAGUCAACGCGGAACACGCUGGGAAACGUGCCCUCUCCUCCUCUCGUGACGCGGUGGUGGAGCGUGCGGUUUCCACAGACUCGUCCACACCUGCUGCCACCCACGCCACUGAUGCUGAUGCCGCCGUGUCGCUCUUCACGAGCAUGGUCGUCUCCACAACUCCGUUUGACGAUCUCAUUGCCAGGGCGUGGGGGAGCAACGUGGGGAAGGCUGGGACGCGUCUCCCUGGAGCACCGGUGGUGAGUAAAGAUGCACAUACACCAACAGCUGACACCGCCUCGUCCGUGUCCGCCGUGUCCGUGUCUUCGAGCUCAUCUUCAUCGUCAUCCUUGAGACCAGUGCUGCCCAUCGUCGCCUCAGCACUGGAACCGUGCCACUCGAUCACCACCACCACCAACACCGCCACCUGUGCAUCGGCUGACUCCCAAGUCUGUGCAGCAGAUACUAAGAUGCAACGUCCCCACAACGCAUUCCCUCGAGCUGCUCCGUCACGGCGCUCCGUCACUUCGAUCUUCGCGGCGUGCCCGCUCGCGGGCUCGUGCGAUGCCGCAGCGCUAUGCGCUUCGAACCCACCCUGUCCAUUGGAGAAGAGCCUCGGGCACGUUAGAAGGACACCCUCCUUCGCCAAUGCGACGGCGAGCAUGACGACGACGACCACCACCACCACGAGAGUCGCGUCAUCCCUCCAUUCUGAUACCACCAGUGCAACGACAGCAACGCCGGCUGCCUCUGCGUUCACCAGCGUCGCCUCCAUGAAUGCGAAACGAAGAAGCGGCAACGAGCAUGAAAGCGCGUCGGCCUCUCUGAUCGAGCAACAGCAGCAGCAGCGUCUCCUGUCGCGCAUUCAGUUGCUGGACAGAGUUCUGGAGAGCGGCCGCCGCAGCACCGGCAGCACACAGACGUUGCGGCUGCUUCGACGUGUGAAGGACGACCGCAACAAGCCGCUCUUUCAAGCCGGACCUGUGAACUGGAGAGCUGUGCGGCAGCUCCGUGAGAAGCUUGUCCGUGCGCUGCUCGGAAAGCCGUCGGAAGAUCUCAAACCGGCGUCGAGAAGGUCCGUAUCGCGUGCGUCGUCUCCGCAAAUCUCCGUUGUGUCUGCGCACGACGCGUCAUCCGUGGCGUCCGGGGAGGCGCACCCGCCUGCCUUCGUUGAUAGCUCAGCAGCAGUCGUGGGUGCGGAGGAGCCGGACGAUGCAUCGCAAAGUCGCUGCUCUGUGUCAACUGAGGUUCCUUCGUGCACACUUCGCGGUAGCACGCUCACCGCAGUUUCUGCCCCAUCGGCUGCGUCGCCAUCUCCCGUUCUUAGCGCAGUCGCAAGCACCUCUUCUGAAAAUGCGGAUGACUACGCAGCAUCCAGGGCGGCUUUUCAGCAGGAGAGCGAGACGAUGCGUCGGGCACACGAACGGAUACUGGCCCGUCGACGAGCGAGCGCCGGCGGCGUUCUGUGA